AUAAUGAUUUCCUCCUUCUUUGUUUUCAAGGAUACUUUGAUGAUACUUGGUCCAUAUGUGCUUUACGUGCUUCUUUGGACAACAUCAGAGCAAGUCCACGAGUGUGUGGAGCAUUUUCCUCUUCGUGACCGGAGUACAGCAGCAUCUCUUCCGUAUCUAACAUUUCCUGUCCAGCUUGAGACAAAUGGGUUUUCCGGAUUCCGAGUACUGCCAAGUUGUAUCUCCUCAUUACCGUUGCUGUUUGACUGGUCCUCCCGAUCUCCCACAUUGAUCAGAUGUUCCAUGUACCUAUAAAAAUUGUUGCUCUGGUUGUUAGAAGGGUCAUCGGCCUCGUGACCUCCGAAGAAUAAACGUAAUAAAUUGAAAAAUCAGUCUAUUCCUGAUAGUUUAUUACAUGAUCGACAAUUGUCUAAGAUAAUCGACAAAGAAGAACAAAUACUUCAGCAACAAGAUCGGGCUAACAAUUCAGAUCAUAUUGAUUUUUUCAAUACACGAGUUCAACCUUCAGAAAAUUCAGUGAAUCAUUUAUCUUUAGAUAAUCAAUUUGCUCCAAGAUCAUCAUUAUCGUCGGAAUCAUCAUCAUCAUCAUCAACAUCAUCAUCAUGUUCAGAGACUUAUAUGAAUUCUUCUUUACAACAAAUAGACAGAAAUUCUAAUGAACACAAUAAUAGUAAACAAUUAACUAAUGAUUUUACACAAUUUAAUAAAACAUUCCAGUUGAAUACAUGUGAAUCGGGCAAUACUAAUACUAAUCAUAAUAAUCCACUUAUUUUAACAUCAUUAAAAGAAUUUCAACUCGAUCAAAACAGAUUAUUCAAUCUUUCCAAUCAUUUACUAAUAAACAAUAAUAACGGUCAAUCUACCAUCAAAAACACUCUUAACAAUGGUACUAUCAAUACUACUACUACCACUACUACUACUAGUACUACUAAUAAUACAAAUAGUAAUAAAUUAUAUAGAGAAUCACUAAAUUCUUUGAAUUUGCCAAUAUUUGAUGAAAAUUAUGAUCAAAUCAACAGGAGUAGAAUAGAUCAAGGUGAAAAUACAAACAAUAUUCAAUUAGAUAUUUUACAGUCAACAUCAUUACUACUUAAAACUGAAGAGAAUUUAAUGAAUUUCCCAUCAAGCUCUUCAUCAUCAACAUUGUUAUCUAAUCGAUCGAAAGAAGCUGAUAGUUCAAAUAUAGCCACCAUGAGUAGUGGUGAAAGUGGUGGCGGUAUUAUCGCUGUUCCUACAAAUACCGGUUGUUGUGAAUCAUUAAGUAUAUUGACAAGAGAUAUGAUGAGAGCCUAUCUCGUUGAUCGACGGGAUCAAAUUCUAAUCAUACUUCAUGCAAAAGUUGCUCAAAAAUCAUAUGGAACAGAAAAACGUUUUUUCUGCCCUCCACCUUGUGUAUAUCUUCGUGGUGAAGGGUGGGGAUUACAGUAUGGUCAAACAUCACAUGAUGAAUCAAAAUUGAGCUCUAGUCAUGAACAUGUUGAUCAAACGGAUUUAGUGAGUUAUUCCACAAAUAAUGUUCGAACAUAUUCUCUACAAAAUAAUAAUAUAUCGUAUUCAACAGCUACCCCUACUCCAGGACCUUCACAUUUAUCGUCUUCAUUUACAGGAGAACAAUCUCAAAUACUUGCUUUUAUGGGUAUUGGUGGAUCAACUACUCCAGUUGAAAUGAUUCAAUUAAAUUUAGAUGAUGGAAGAGAUUAUUCAAAUGCUAAAACAUUAUUUAUUUCAGAUUCAGAUAAACGAAAAUAUUUUAUGUUAACAUUAAAAAUGUUUUAUAAAAAUGGUAAAGAUUUAGGUCAGUUUCAUUCAAGACGUAUUAAAGUUAUUUCAAAACCAAGUAAAAAGAAACAAUCUUUAAAAAAUACUGAUUUAUGUAUUGCAUCUGGUACAAAAAUAGCCUUAUUCAAUAGAUUACGUUCACAAACCGUUAGUACACGGUAUUUACAUGUUGAAGAUGCUAGUUUCCAUGCAAGUUCAAGUCGUUGGGGCUCAUUUACAAUCAAUCUAUUAGCUGAUGAUCAAGAUGAAGCUGAACAGUUCACUGUACAAGACGGUUAUAUACAUUACGGUCAUACAGUGAAAUUAGUUUGUUCAGAAACUGGUAUGGCACUUCCUCGUUUGAUUGUACGAAAAGUAGACAAAACAACUGUUCUAUUGGAUGCUGACGAUCCAGUUAGUCAACUUCAUAAAUGUGCAUUUCAUUUAAAAGAUACAGAUAGAAUGUAUUUAUGUCUUUCACAAGAUAAAAUUGUCCAAUUGCCAUCUACACCAUGUGAUGAAAAUCCUUUGCGUGAGAAAAUAAAUGAUGCCGCAGCAUGGACUAUUAUUAGUACAGAUAGAGCGGAAUAUCGUUGGUUUGAACCUAGCCAUUUACCAAGUACAUACAGAACAAAAGAUGGCCAAAUUAAAUCAAUCACACCUCCUACAUCAUGUCUGACACCAGUUACACCUGUACCAAUUGUACGAGAUAUGCGAGUGAAUGGUGGUGGAGAUGUUGCAAUGCUUGAAAUAAUUGGUGAAAAUUUCAGCCCUAGGCAUCAAGUAUGGUUUGGUGAUGUUCCAGCUCAAACAUUUUAUCGUUGUGAAGAACUGAUAUUAUGUUUUGUUCCAGAUAUAUCAGAAUUUCACAGAGAUUGGACAUAUAUUCAAAAAACUUUAGAGGUGCCAAUUAGUUUAGUCCGACAAGAUGGUAUUAUCUAUGCGAGUGGCUUAACAUUUACUUAUCAUCCAGAAUCUGGACCAAGACAACAUUGUCAACCAGCACUUGAAAUUAUACGUGCAGCAAGUAUAGCCGCUGUUGCGGCGGCAGCAGCAGCUGCGUCUGCUGUUACUUCAUCGAAUUCUUUGUCAACAUCAGAAGAAUUAUUACUAGAACCUUCAUGUUCUUCCAGAUCAGGUAUCGUAGUAUCAUCUGCAACAAUUGAAUGUAAUAAUGUUGUACAACAACAAAAAUCAUCUGAAUUCAAUUUAUCUCAACAUCAUAAAGAUUCAAUGUGCCUUGAUAAUAAUUCAUUUCUUGCCUCAGUAUCAACAUCAUCAUGUCAAAUGAUAAAUAGACUAACUAAUUGUAAUAAUAGUAAUAAUACUACUAGUGGUUAUUAUGAAGAUGAAGCUUUCAAUCAACAACAUAACUAUCCUCAUCUUCAUCAUCAGGAGCAUCAAUUACAACAGUCACAUCAACAGCAUCAUUAUGCUGUUGACACUCAGGAACAUCAUCAUCGGAGGAAUAAUAAUAAUUCAAACUCUUUAACUACAACAGAUCGUCUAUUUUAUAUUCCAGUGAAUACAAGUUGA